GUCCUCUCCCUCCUUCCUUCCUGCUCUGCUAUCUCGGCUCUCAGACCACACAUCUGAAAUGUACAGUCGUGCAUCGGGGGGGCUCAUGGGACUGGCAGGGAGGGGUGAACAAAGUUCCAUGGGAACAGCCCUUGGCACUAAUGCCCUACGGCACUUUGGAGCAGGCAGAUCCCCCUGUGUCCUGAGUUAAAGGAGUCUUUCUUUUGUAGGUGGUGGGAGGUGAGAGGCAGCCUGCUCGCUCUGCAGCCGCCAGCCAGGACGUGUGGGCUGACAAGGAACCGGGAGGAGCAGGGGAGAUGGAUCGUGGUGUCACCCUCGAGAAUCCCUAUGCCAGCGUGAACAUCCCACGGGACCAGUUUCAGCACAGCUUCAUCACUCGAUACCUGAAGGAUGAGCCCUCUUCGCCCACUGUGAUUGCCAACCCUGCCGCUGUGCCCACAUAUAGCUUGGAGGAGCAGGCGAACCAGGCCAGCACAGCCAGCUGGAACAGCCAGACCAUUUCCACUGAGAAGUCUUGGUCUCGGCCAUAUAACCCCUAUGCCAGCCUGAAGAUGCUCAAUGGGACAUCCCCUGACUCCUUCUACACGGUCAGUCUGGACAAGCCAUCCAAGGGCUGUGAGCAGAAGGUGAAUGGGGGAAACUGCUGCUAUAAGUACUGCCCCUGCUGCAGAAAGUGCUGCUGUGUUGUCUCCUAAAGGCCCUCGCUGUGAGCUCUGGAUGUGCCAACCUUGGGCCGGUGCUGGGCAGCCCCACAGGGACCUUGCUGCCCAGCCUGGGCUUCCUAGUGGGCAGGGCUAGGAGGUGGCAGUGAAGCUGCCCCCAUUACUCACCAGAGCUGGCAGGUUGGAGGUAGCACCGAAUUGACUCCAUUGCUGGUUUUCACCCAUGAGCGACGCAGCCAGAUACACCGGUGAUGGGCACCUGCCUGGUCCUGAAAGCCCAGUAUCGUGUGCUGAGGAGAAACACAAGUUCCCCCCGGCCCAUUGAGCUCUGGGUGCCCUGAGGAUGGUGUGUGCCGACGCAGAUGCCCAAAAAGAAAGGCUUACAGUGGGGCUGGGGUAGCACAUUUGAGCUCGUGAACCUGCCAUCCUCAGCCAUGGCUGCCAGUCCAGCCUUGCAGGGAAACCUACAACUCUGAAGAAGGCUCAGGCUUUGUCUGCACACCAGAAGGCAAGUUUGGAUGAUGGCAACGAUGCGCACAUGGCAGAGGUUGGUGGAGAAGGCGAGCAGAAUUGCUGUCUCAGCGUGGGGGCAAACAGGUCAUGCCUGGGACUUUCUGAAGCUCAAAUUGUGCCCCCCAGGCUGGGACAGGGAGCCCCACCUCCCCAGAGCCAAGUGGUCACCCCCGUGCAGCGUCACAGGGAUGCUGUAAAGCCUUGUGCCAAGCAGCUCUGAGUGGAUACCACUUCUCUUUGCCACACUGCCCUCGGGAUGGAGGGAAGGAGACAGGAAGGACGGGCAGACAAAGUGUGGCAGAGUGCCAGGCACUGCUCCAGGGCAGCACCUGAGAGCACAGGUUCAGUUGUCUAAAGUCCGGGUGCUAGGAAACCACCGACCUGCCUUACUUCCUCCUUCUGGGCUCCCAGGGCUCAGUGGGGUGCUCAGUGGCAGCAGAUCCCCCCACACUAGUCUGUGUUGGGGUUCUGAGCCCAGUUCAGCUUGGCUCCAGCACCAUCCAGGUGCUCAGCACCAGAAGUGGGCUAGUUCUGGGGCAUCCCCCUUCAAGCAGUUCCCAAAGCAGAUUCCCAGUGUGACCCCUCUGCAACGAGUGGGCAAGGAGAAAGGCAAGUGUGGAGCCCACUUGCCUCUUUGCAGCUUGCCGGGGCAGCCCCUGACUUCAUUUUCAGUUGAAGUUGGCACGCCAGACCUGGAACAAGCAUGCCGUUGUCCUUGCGGAGCAGCGCGUCCCACGGCUGGCUGGCUGUGCUGCGAGGUGAUAGCCUGCGUAAGCAAAUGCGUCUGCUGCAAGAACUGCCUGUCUCCAGGCCGGCGGUCGGGACAGGGGCUUGGAAAGAAUGUGUGUGUUAGCAGAUGACUUCAGUGCACUGCAAA